AUGGAACCGAUCGAUAAAUUGUCUGCAAUUUGUCCGAAAUGUUUUGGACCCCCGGUUCCAGGUAAAAAGGAAAAUGAACCAGAUUUCAUAGUUUGUAUGGAUGGAAACUUUCAGCAUCGAAGACAUCUGGCUGCGAGUAGUGGAAUCCCAGAGCAAAACAAAACAUUCACCCUCUUUAUUGAUCCGGACGAAGUUCUCCAAAUGGAAAGCACCAUGAGAGGAAAUACUCAACCAGAUGAAGUCAAUGACAAUUUGCAGCCAACGAUGUCAGGGGCCCAACUACCUGGAAAGCUUGUGACGACACCGGAAUUUUUGGAAUGGCUUGUCGACAUGACCAAGUUUUGCGGGUUAUAA